AUGUCGGCCUUACAUCUCGCCAUCAAGGAUGCGCUCUUGCGUAUUGAGCAGGAGAACGCUGAGGACUGGUUCACAAUCGACUCCCUCACACGAGCCGUACUUGCCGAGAUCCGCCAGGAUUGUGUGGCUCGCUCCACGGACCCCCAGAAGGAGCCAGCCGACGAAGGCAGCAGCAGCAGCAGUAGCCAGAGUGACAGCAGUGACGAUGACCAAGAUGAAAGCGAGGGCGACGAACAAGCCCACAACAAUGGCAUCGACCAAGUGAACAACAACGGCAACCACCAUGCAGGCAAUAAGGGCAGGCGCAAUAGUUCCAGAAUGUAUGCCUGCAAGGUCCGUUACUGCCCUCGUGUCUACCAGCACAAGUCAAGCCGCACCCGCCACUACGCUAUCAACCAUGGCGAUGUGGCUGCACCCACAGACACUGAUGAAGAGUAA